ACGUUCAUCACUUUCUUCCAACUGCCUUGAGUUUCCUUCCUUUCAGGUUCUCCAAAUCCAACUUUAAACCAUAAAUUUCUUUCUCAGGCAAUCAACCUCCAGCUAUAGAAAAACAAGCACCCAAGUUUAGCAAAGGGCCUCUCAAUUUGGUACAAAGUUGAAGGGCAACAAAACAACUCUGAACAAAGCUUAAUUCCUUCUUUUCCUCCAACUCUUGGCACAUUCUUGAUCUUCUGGGGUAGUUUCUUUGACAACAAUGUCGGCAGUUGUGGGAACUUUCACUGCAACUAAGGACGUUACCUUCAAUCCUCAAAUGGAGGAAGAGGAGCUCAAAAGUAACAAGAACAACAAUGUUGGUGGUGAACCAGUCCAGGUGCCCCACAGUGAUGAUGACCAUGAUGAUAUUGACGAUGAUGGUGAUGAGCUAGAGGAAGAGAAUGAAGCCAAGUUGAAAUCUGAGAAGGAAUUGGAUCUUGGACCUCAAGUUUCUCUCAAGGAACAGCUCGAAAAAGAUAAGGAUGAUGAAAGCUUGAGGAAAUGGAAGGAACAACUCCUUGGAAGUGUUGAUCUCUCCGCUGUUGGAGAAACUAAAGAACCUGAAGUGAAGAUACAAAGCCUCACAAUACUAUGCCCGGGCAGACCAGAUCUCGUUCUGCAAAUUCCAUCAGUUAAGAAGUCUAAAAGCACCCUCUUCAGCCUCAAGGAAGGAAGCCAUUACCGCCUCAAAUUUACCUUCACCGUUUCCAACAACAUUGUCUCUGGUCUCAAGUACACCAAUGUUGUGUGGAAGACGGGUGUGAGAGUUGAUAAUUCAAAGAAGAUGCUCGGAACUUUUAGUCCUCAGCAGGAGCCUUAUUCAUGUGAGAUGGAAGAAGAAACUACCCCUUCCGGCAUGUUUGCCAGAGGCUCGUACUAUGCUAGAACCAAGUUUGUGGAUGAUGAUGGAAAAUGCUACAUGGACGCGAGUUACUACUUCGAAAUUCAGAAGAACUGGCCAAAACCGUUAUGAGGUUCUAUCUGGUUUAUCAUUUUCAUUGGCUUAGGAGUGCUUCAAGACUUCAAGUGAUAACUACAAAGAGAUACUCUUCCUCUGGCAUGUUGUACUCGUAUCUUGUAUUACAAAUGACAAAGUGGCUAUCCAUUUUUAAUUCAAUGAAACUGCACCCACUGUACAUGGCAUGAUUCUGCUC